GGACCUCACCAAAGCAUCGAAAUCAUUUCACUGGUUUUUUACUACAAAACUCUCGGUCACUAUUUCGCAGUCACUCUCACCCAGAAUCCAUAGAUGGUAGCGAUUUUCACAUACGUUUUCGUUUCUCUUUUAACCCUUAUCUUCUUGUACAUUUUCAUGAAGAAGAGCAAGGGAGGAGGAGAAGAAGACCCCCAUGAUGAUCAUGGUCAUAAGAAUAGGGCGGCUCAGCUCCCUCCAGGCUCAUUUGGUUGGCCUUAUAUCGGUGAGACCCUUCAGCUCUAUUCUCAGGACCCAAACACUUUCUUCUCUUCCAGACAGAAAAGGUAUGGGAAAAUUUUUAAGACACAUAUACUUGGGAGUCCAUGUGUGAUGCUGGCGAGCCCGGAGGCUGCAAAGUUUGUAUUGGUCACUCAAGCUCACUUGUUCAAGCCCACCUAUCCCAAAAGCAAAGAGGCUCUGAUUGGUCCCUCCGCAUUAUUUUUCCACCAUGGAGAUUACCAUUUCAGACUGAGGAAGCUUGUUCAGCGAUCUCUCAGUCCUGAUGCUAUUCGGAAUUUGGUGCCCCAUAUCGACGCCACAGCUGCCUCUGUGACCUCGGAAUGGUGGGGCACCGGGAAAGUCAUCAACACCUUCCAUGAGAUGAAGAAGUUUUCUUUCGAAGUUGGUGUACUAGUAAUUUUUGGCCAAUUGGAGACCCGCUACAAAGAAGAACUGAGGAAAAACUAUAUGGCAGUGAACAAAGGCUACAAUUCAUUUCCCAUAAACAUUCCUGGAACGCCAUACAAAAAGGCUUUGUUGGCGAGGGAGAGGCUGAGGCACAUUAUCGGUGACAUUAUCCAUGAGAGAAAGGAGAAGAGGUUACCUGAAAAGGAUCUGUUGGGUUGUUUGCUGAGAUCAAUAAACGAAGGAGGGGAAGUUUUGAGUGAUGACCAAAUCGCAGACAACAUAAUAGGUGUUCUCUUUGCUGCUCAAGACACCACAGCCAGUGUCAUGACCUGGAUUUUCAAGUACCUCCAUGACGAACCAAAAAUCCUAGAAGCUGUUAAGGCCGAACAAAAUGCAAUUCGCCUAUCAAAUGAACAAGCAGGUAACCAACCAUUGAGUUGGGCAGACACCAGAAACAUGCCAAUUAGUUACAAGGUUGUGUUGGAGAGUUUGAGACUGUCAAGCAUUAUAUCAUUCCUUUUUAGAGAAGCUGUGGUUGAUGUGGAGUACAAAGGUUACUUGAUUCCAAAAGGUUGGAAGGUGAUGCCUUUGUUCAGGAACAUUCAUCAUAAUCCUGAAUUCUUCACCGACCCUCAGAAAUUCGAUCUUUCUAGAUUCGAGGUUGCACCAAAGCCAAAUACAUUUAUGCCAUUUGGCAGUGGAGUCCAUGCUUGUCCAGGAAACGAGCUUGCUAAGCUGGAAUUACUGAUCAUGAUCCACCAUUUAGUCACCAAUUUCAGGUGGGAAAUUGAGGGAUCCCAAAGCGGGACCGAGUAUAGUCCAUUUCCUGUACCUCUGAAUGGACUUCCGGUCAAACUUUGGAAAUUAGAAUAGGGCUAAGGGGAGCCAUACCCUCCCCAACUUAACCUCAUCUAGCUUUUUCUCACAUAUUCUAAGCUCUCUGUUUGCUCCCAUCCUAAUAUUGCUGGAGGUAGUAAGAUGCCCUUCAUUUCUUUCUUCCC